CAAUUGAUAUCGUACAUAUCGUCAUACUCGAUACCGCGGGUCACGUGACCAAGUUUAUGAUGAUUUUAAAAAAAUCACGAGCGGUAUAUAAGACUGCCGAGUCGUCGAAACAAGCAUAAGCUCACUUACUUUCAAGAAGUAAUACGCAAUCCACAACCAAUCAACAUGUUUAAGCUGGCUGUCUUCGCUGCCAUCUUGGCUGUCGCCUUCGCUUAUCCCGGUGGCUUGACCGGCGUUGCCGUCAGCCAUGGCACCGGCCCGAUCGUCGCCCCUGCGGUCGUCUCGCACGCGGCCCCGGUUGCAGUUGCACCUGUUCAUGUAGUUGCCCAGCCGGUCGCUCCUGCCGUACACGUCGCUCCUGUUGUCACCAAGACCGUCGUGGCCGCCCAUGCCGUCCCGGCCUACAGCUACGGCUAUGGCGGCUAUCACGGUUAGACUAGGAGAGCCAGCAUAAACUCACCACCACCACCGUCUCACGAUGACACAGCCCUGGAAGAAAAAAAAAAAGACAAAAAAAGAAGCGACACACACAUCCCCCCUUCCUCGACCGAAAUUGUCCUCGUGAUGCGAAAGGAAAGACCGCAGCUCGAAGAAAGACAGAAAGCAACAACCAAAAUUUCACGCCCCCCGCCGACUUCGACUCCCCACUUUUUCACUCGCCGUUGCGCGAGUUAUCAUCAGGCCUAGGAUCGAGCGCGCGGUGACUCCAUCGGGACUAACAAUCAAGAUCGACCAAUUUUUCUUUCUCCCACAUUCGUCUUUUCUUUGUCUUCAUCGACCUAAAUUUCCGGACUUUCGCCUCGAUCAUUCCGCCAUCAUCCCCGAACCCUGCCCUCGUGUUUUCAUAUGAAAUUUUAAUAAAAUUUUAAUUACAAACUCCA